GCGAGUUCGAGCUGGAGCGGGAUUGCCAAAACUGAGCGGCCGCGACAGAGUGAUCCCAGGUGUUCUGAGAGAGGGGGCGUAGUCCAAAACAAAAGCAACACAUGUGCUGUUUUGUUACUAUAACAACACAAGCACCGAGAGAAUAAUUAUUUUGUAUAGGGCGGGCUCAGCGGGCUACGUUACAUUGGGCGCGUGCCAAAGUGGUACACCCGCGACGUCUUUCUCUCACCCCUCUACCUCCCUCUCACGGUGGUCUCGUCAAACGCACAGUAAUGGAUCGACAUCGACAGCUCGGUGAACACUACCUGUAACUCCUUGAUCUUUGUACGACGCUUCACACGAGCAUACUGUUUUUUUGUUUUUCAUUAUUCAUUUUCAGCGUAAGCUGCCAUAGCAUCGUGAACAGCAUCCUAAAGCAUAGAUGCAAACCGCGACUGCGGUGACGUGGUGACCACCGCGCGCUGAUGAGAAUGCACCCGCUUCGGCGAUGCUACCUUCGGGGAGUCUCCACAGAGCUGGCGCUAAAUGGACUGAAGAGCCUCGCGGGGAUGUCCCGUUGGUGGACCGUGGGUCUGUGUGAGUCUUGGACCUGUCUCCAAUGUUGACAUCGCUAGACAUCGAGCCUAAAUCAACAGAGAGACAGGAGGACUGAGGAUGCCAGGGGUGACGGUGACCGGAGAGACACCCACAUUGAACGGGGGCGGAAGAGAGGAGCAGCGUCCCUUGCAGCAGUCCCUGGGAGGCUCGCUGUGUCGGGAGUCGCACUGGAAAUGCCUGCUGCUGACGCUGCUGAUGAUUGGCUGCUUCUGCACGCUGGGCUGGUGCUCUCUGUACCGCGUGGCCGUCAUGGCCGCCGACGACCACGGCCACGCCUACUUCUACGGCGACGCGGCGCGCGUCUACCUGGACAGCCCGUGCUCCAACGGCUACGUCUACAUCCCCGUGGCCUUCCUGGCCAUGCUCUACGUCGUCUACCUGGUGGAGUGCUGGCACUGCUACUCCAAGACCGCCCACCUGCACAGGUGCGCCUACACCACCAUGAUACAGGUACACAUACACCACCACACAGAUGCGCCUACACCACCACACAGGUACGCCUACACCACCACACAGAUGCGCCUACACCACCACACAGGUACGCCUACACCACCACACAGGUACGCCUACACCACCACACAGAUGCGCCUACACCACCAUGAUACAGCGUCCAGCUGUGAGUUGAGCUACAGCGUCAGUGGGGGCGUGUCCAAGCAGCUGCAGGGCCUGCUGGACCACCCGGCGGUCCGUCUGCGCUUCACCAAGUGCUUCAGCUUCGCCAGCGCCGAGGCGCCCUACCUCCACUUGGCAGCAGCGCUUCUUCAGCUACAACGGUGGGGCCUGGGCGACUACAUGGAGGUAUGCACCCUGAAGAAGCGUGGACUCAUGCAGCACGUGCUGGCGUUCCCGGAGCCUGCGCGGCAGCCCUGGUUCUCCCGCCGCGGCAUCUUCUGGCUGGCGUCGGCGCUGCUCUGCUCCUGGCCGCUGCGGGCGGCGGAAAAUUACACCGCCACGUGCACUCACCCGCGUGGGAGAAGCUGGUUCGGCGCAGGGGGCGCCAACGACAACGACAGCGGCGGCGGCGGGGGCGAGCACCUGCACCCGGGACUGGAGAACGGAGGACGCAGCCGAGGAGGACCGACGCUGCGUGUCAUCUCCCGCGUCAACACCGUGGACAUCACCGAGCUGGAGUGGCACAUCCGCUGCAACCAGCAGAUGGUGCCCAGCUACUCCGAGGCGCUGCUCAUGGACCUGGACCUGGUCAGCAACGGUCCGAGCUGCCAGCGUCGUCGGCGGCGCCACUCCAGCUACCUGCUCCAGAGCUGCCCGCGCUGCCACCGGUCAAGCAGCAGCUCCUCGCUGCCCUCACGCGUCCGUGGCAACGUGGCCAUGGGGGCCGGCUCGCUGGCCUGCGCGGUGGGCUCGAUGGCGGCUGGAGGGGUCGGAGGUCGCCUGGGGCUCAGCCGCAGCGGCUUCUCCCUGGGCCGCCUCCACGCCGUCCGACACCGCCGCCCGUGCCUGUUCCACUCCCGCAGCCUCGGAGGAGGAGGCGGCGGCCGCUGCUGGUGGGAGGAGGGGGAGGAGGGGGCCCUGGGCCUGGGGGUUCAGUUGCCGGACGAGGAGAGACAGGGCGUGCUGGAGGGGGACGCGAUGCAGGACGAGGAUGAGGAGGAGGAGGAG